CGUUGGCCGGGGCGGGGCCGAGCCAUGGCGGCGGCCGGGGACAUGUACGUGUCACCUUGUUUACCUCGCAUAUGUGUACGCCCACGCAGCAGGAUACUUGAACUUGCAAAACCCAAGACAGUAUUUCAUGAAAGCAGUCCCACGCUUGUAUGGGGAAACCAAGAGACAAUAUGGGCCCUCUCAGGGGGUGCUAUGACAGCUCGACCAUCUGCAAGAAUAUUGGCUCUAUCCAGGCCCAAGGAAUAUUUUAGUACGUACCAGUGCAGGUGCAGACCAAUGAUCGGUGGGCGUACCGCACUAGCAAAGUUUGGCUACCCUUCUGAACGGCUGCUGAGGUUGGCUGAACCUAAAAAACUCCCCACUGCUUCUCUGGUGAGAAGAUCCCCUGAGUGGUCCGUGUCCCUGGCUGCACAGAACUAUAAUGCCUCCAAGCGCAUACUGGAGCUUGCCCAGCCAAAGAAGGUGCACCCAGACUUCAUGCCGCCCAGAGAGGUGCCAACACAAGUUUCCAGCUUUGCAACCUCGGCCAAUGCAUCAGCACGGGUCCAGAAGCUCGCAGAGCCCUUGAUCAGGGAGACGACCUGCUGCACUAAGCACACCCAUCCUGGUGAUCUCAUCUCUUCGGUUUCCAGGUCAUCUCAGAAGGCAGUUGCAAGCCCUCGGACCAUUGAGCUUUCGAAGCCAAAACAAGUCCAUGCUAAGUACAUGCCCCCACGGGAUCCUGAGUGGCCUGUGACACAGGCUGCCAAGCAUGCAGUGGCUACACCAAGGGUUGUGGAGCUGGCCCAGCCUACCACAAGACCUCGUAUGGGCUUGACUACACUCAACCCAGAUGCAUUCAAAGUGAAGGAGGCUGCUAUAAAGGCAGCUUGUUCUCCACGGAUCGAAGAACUAGCUCGACCAAUUCAGCGCUAAGCACCCUCAGAAAUGCUCCUGCCAUCUCUCCACAUCACCCCUUGGAAACAUCACUCUCUCUGGCCUAUGCUGUGGCUCGAAAAUCUCCUUGAACACAGUGCAGAGGUAGCACUCAGCAGGAACACUUUCUGUGAGUUCAAAUAAAAGCAUCAUUCCUUAAGAAUAGUCAUCAGGGAAAAUUAACAGAACUCGACCUAAUGUGGGAAGACUGUCCCUAGGAUGUGUUAUGUCUGGAGUUUCUCUCUUGAUUGCUGUAAUAGUUUAAGAAGUAAUGAAACAACUGCUGGGGGAAGGCAGCACGGGAACUGUCCUUUCACAUAGGGAAGUGUGGCAAACCAAACCCAAGAGCAUGCAGUAAGCUGAUGCAACACAACUCCUGAAUUAGGGUUUAAAAAUUUUUGCUAAAGUUUAGUCAUCCUCUUACUGACACUCAGAAGUUUUGUGCUUGUGGCAGAAGUAGAAAUACAAAAGGCUACAAAGUAUGUUGAGUUGGCUUGGAUUUGGGGCCUGUUUUCUCAAAUGCCUGGAGAACAGGCAGAUCCGGUUACGUAGGUGGGUGAAAAUCUGUGUGGUUCAGCUACUCAGUUGUGUGACCCUGGGCAAAACAAGAGA